AUGGAGAGGAAUUCUACUGAGAAAGUUCCAGAAGGUGGUGGAGUUGUACAAUUUCCGGAAAAAGAACUGGAUUUCGACAACGAUACCUUAAGAGGUGAAGUGAAUAGCUCUUUUUUAGACAAGUAUAAAUUGCAAUCAGGGUAAUAUCAUGGGUGACAAAUUACUCCUUAAUUUUGGCUUGAAAUUUCAAAGAUAAUUUGUAAUUUCACUAGCGAAAUAAAAAAUAAAUGCUAUAGCAAGGUUUCUUAUCUUUUGUUUUGUUCGCCAUAAAUUGUACAAAUCAAAUAAAAUCUAAUUAUUUAAACUCUCAUGGCGAGGAAGCCGAAGAGAAGCCACCUGGCUUAUAAGGGUUUGUUUUGUUCUGUUACGUUAGUGCUAAGAAGACGGAAGGUAUGCCAGAAGUUAGCUUAGUCAUUGUGUUCAUGCCUGACUGACACGUGAACUUCUAUGAGAUUUUGAUUACAUGGAUAGAUAUUACCCCUCCGGUAAUGUCCCAGUAAAGUGCUUUUAGUUUAGUCUGGCCCCUAUCCAGGAGACCAAUAUGGCAUGACGUUGCACCUUCCAGGGUUAUAACCUCCAGCUGAUAUGCUUAGUGGCAUAGUGAGGGCUCAAAAGGACCACACGAUUCCUGGUCACAGUUAAGGCACGGCACCUACCUCAAAUUCGUUGACGUUUUGUGCAGUUGUGAAAUGAUGAUUCUGUGCCCCUGUAAAGAGAUCCUUGGUAAGCUGUUGUUGUACUUAGGAAAAAAAAUGACUUCCGUGACUUUCUGUUCUGUUUAGCUAUAGCUGAGGUGUACAAGAACGAAGGCAAUGCGGAAUAUCAAAAGAGAGAAUUCACCAACGCCAUACAGUUCUAUACAGAAGGAAUUAACGUGAAUUGCAGAGACGAUGAACUCAACAGUAAACUCCACAGCAACAGGGCAACUUCUUAUUUUUACCUAGGUAAGGUUCUUUGUUAGCUCAUGUACAGUAGAAUAAAAAAUCCUUGUAUUUCGAAUUUAACUGAUUUUCUUUUUUUGCUAGGUAAUUAUCACGAGUCACUGAACGAUGCAAAAGCUGCCGUUGAACUGCAACCACAUUACAUCAAAGCUAUAGCUAGGGGUAAGGUUUGUAGCUUAUAUUGGUACCUCCACAGAGAAAAGAAAAUAUCGAGAAGGGUGAUCUUAACAACGGUCUGAGAAAACAAUUGACGUUUGUUGAUUAUUUAAAUUUUGUUUGCGCGCACCCUAUAUAUACUAAGUCAUUGCUUUGCCAAUCCUUUGAGGAAGCCAAGUCCAAGUUAAUAUAAGAUUAGAAUGGACUCUGAAGUGCCUGUGGGUGAAAAAAAAACUGGGUGAGAAGCUUAUAACUAUAUUUAUGAAUGCUUCAAAGAAACUAAAGUGUUAAAGGAACUAAGUUUCAUUCAAGUGCAUAUCUCUAAUAGGCCACUUUCGAUAUUAAAAUUCAGCAUUAUAGCGAGUCUUGGAAGACACAAACAAAGUUUAUUCAUUUUUAUUCAUUUUCUUUGCUUGUGUCCUCUAAGACUCGCUAUCAUGCUGAAGUUUGAUAUAUCAAAAGUGGCCUAUUGAAAUCUGAGUUUUCAGAUGCAUUCUGCUUUUAAUUAUUAGGAGCUUGCGCUUGCUUUGAACUGGGUCUGUACGAAGAAGCCAUCAACUGGUGUGACAAAGGAUUAGCAGUAUCCUUUUACAACAGAUAGCAUAUUUCAUUGGAAAAAAAUAUGGAAAUCUGGACUUUUUUCACGCAGAGGGGCCCAUUGCUUGAAGGAGUUCAUCCGCAAACAAUAAUUUCUGAACUCGAACAAGAAGUUGAACCGCUAUCCCGAUGAAUAGUUUAGACUACCUUUGCUUGAAACUGCCAUUUACCAUGGCUGUUAAUUUGCUUGAAAUCCUACUCUUUUGACACUGUCAGUAGAGUGUUUUUUAGCACCGAAGAUGAAGCUAUAAAUAGACUAAAAGCUUCAUUCUCUGUAACUAUGGCCUUAUAGGAUAAAGAAAUGAAGCAGCUCCUUCAAGGUGGCUCCGUCAUAAAUAGAGUCGCAGUGAGCUACUAUAACGAACUUUUUUUCGUAACCUUUUUGGCCUUAACGUGACGGCUUCGAAACUUUGGAAGGAACUACAAAUAUCAUUCAGCAAUAAUAUGAAAUGAUCCGAUUUUACUGGUAGUAAACAUUUUUUUACGAAAUUAGCGCUUAAAUGGAUCCUACUAUUCAAGAAAAUCGCUCAUAGUAAAAAAUUGUGCUGAGUGGUUUCCCUGAAAUUUCUCGUAUCGGCUUUCAUUGAUACAAUAAGUAUGCCAUAUACAGCCUCGUACCCAGGCCUGUUCGCGCUAUCCGAGUGACCAGAGGGGGCUUGGAACCAAGCGCAAUAGCGCGAGGCGUCCUCGGCGAAUUUUCCCGACAAGCUUGACAGGUGACGUCAAAUCCGAAAUCGCCGAGGGCGACUGGGAACGAGGCUGUGCCAUAUAAAUUUCAAAGAAAUCGUUAGACAAGAAAACCUUAA